UGUAAAUUUGUGCAAAGCAAAGCAAAGCAAAUAAUACAGAACAGAGGCGAGGCAUAACCUGUCGGAGGAGAAGAGAAGAGGAGAGAGAAGAGAACGUCCGGCGAAAAUGGGAAAUUCGAAUUCGUCUUCCGUAAAUCACCGAUUCACUUCGGCUUGCAGAGCUUUUACACAGAAGAAGCUCGAAGAUCUCAAAACACUCUUCACCUCCCUCGCUUCUCAAUCUCAAAGCAAUGACGACUCAUACGUCUCCUACUCUGUUUUCCAGACCUACUUUGGUCUGAGUGGUGCGUUAGGAGAGAGGAUGUUUGAUAUGGUCACUCAGCACAGGAAAGAUGGUAAAUUGACUUAUGAAGAUCUCGUUAUCGCCAAGGCAACCUACGAGAAAGGAACUGAUGAUGAGAUUGCUGAGUUUAUUUACCAGACUUUAGAUGUCAAUGGCAAUGGCGUCUUGACUAGGUCAGAUUUGGAGUUGGUCCUUGUGGUGGUCUUCAAGAGUGUCUUCUCCACUAGCUCUGAUGCGGAAUACAAGGAGAUGGUGGAUGCGCUUCUCAACGCUGCUUCUUUCUCUAAAUCCACUGGUGGUGGUGAUGAUAAAGGAAUGUCUUUUGAAGAUUUCAGAAGCUGGUGCUCACACGUUCCUACUGUCAGAAAGUUUCUCGGAAGCUUGCUUACACCGCCCAGUCCAGCGAGACCUGGAUAUCAAGUCCCGCAUCUGCUUUACGACGAGGAUACUGUGGAUUCAAAUAUACUUCUGUUGAAGAAAGAAUACGCUUGGCAUAUCGGAGGCGCUCUUCCUCACCACGAGCUUCAAGAGUGGAAACUCCUCUAUCACAGUUCUUUACACGGUCAAAGCUUCAACACAUUCCUCGGUCACACUUCAAACACUGGUAUGUCUGCAUCCGUGUUGAUCAUCAAAGACAGAGAAGGCUGUGUGUAUGGAGGAUACGCCUCUCAGCCUUGGGAGAGGCACAGCGAUUUCUACGGAGACAUGAAGUCUUUUCUUUUCCAGCUUUACCCUAAUGCCUCCAUCUUCCGCCCAACUGGAGCCAACACCAACAUCCAAUGGUGUGCUACGAACUUCACAUCAGAGAACAUCCCAAACGGCAUAGGAUUCGGAGGAAAGAUCAACCACUUUGGUCUGUUUUUAUCCUCGAGCUUCGACCAAGGCCAGACGUUCUCCUGCACUACUUUUGGUAGCCCGAGUCUCUCCAAGUCCAGCAGGAUACAGCCAGAAGUGAUCGAAUGCUGGGGGAUAGUUCAGGCCUCCGACGAACUAGACACGCAACAUAACGCUGUUAAAGGUACUGUUCUAGAGAGGUUUAAGGAAGAUCGCAACAUGCUCAAACUAGUCGGCAUGGCUAGCAACUCGAAUGAGUGAGAGAUUCAAAGAGUGUUCAUUAAAUACAAUGCGUGUGUGUGUGCCUAAUAUAUACUUUUCAUGUACCAUAAAAGAGUGUUGAAACCAUAUAAUAAACUGUUUCAUGAUA